UCUGUCAGUUCUCUCUCUCUCUCUGUUCUCUCUGUGCUCUCUCGCCCCCGCUGCGUCUCUCCCUCUGUCAGUCCCGGUGCAGCGGUCCAGUCGGUGGUCGGUGUCUCAGUGUGUCGGAACAUCGUGUGUCUGCGGCCCGUUGACGUCUCUCUCUCUCUCUCUCUUCUCUGUCUCUCUCUCUUCCUGCAGCAGCUCUUCGGCCUGUGGCGCUAAAAUGGGAAAUGAAGCCAGUUAUCCUCUGGAAAUGUGCUCGCACUUCGAUGCCGAUGAGAUCAAGCGACUUGGGAAGAGGUUUAAGAAGCUGGACCUGGACAACUCGGGCUCCCUGAGCGUGGAGGAGUUCAUGUCUCUACCUGAGCUGCAGCAGAAUCCUCUGGUCCAACGAGUCAUCGACAUAUUCGACACGGACGGAAACGGAGAAGUGGACUUUCAAGAGUUCAUUGAAGGCGUCUCACAGUUCAGUGUCAAAGGCGACAAGGAGCAGAAGCUGCGCUUUGCCUUCAGGAUCUACGACAUGGACAAAGACGGGUACAUCUCCAACGGGGAACUCUUCCAGGUGCUGAAGAUGAUGGUGGGCAACAACCUGAAGGACACGCAGCUGCAGCAGAUCGUGGACAAGACCAUCAUCAACGCAGACAAGGACGGAGACGGCAGGAUCUCCUUCGAGGAGUUCUGUGCGGUCGUCGGGGGAUUGGACAUUCACAAGAAGAUGGUGGUGGACGUCUGACUCCUGACCUGCUGCAAGACACACACACACACACACACACACACAUAGACAUACACACACACACACACAGACACAGAAACACA